AUGGCUGCCCCUUCUCCUGCCUCUGUUCCUGCUGGGUUUACAGCAUUGCAAAGCCCUGGAGAGGGGGGUGGUAAGCAGUGUGAAGCAGGCUCUGAUAAUGCACGUUCUGGUGCUGCUGGAGGGCUGUUGCAGCAGCCGAAGUGGAUGGGAAGCGGCAGCUACUCCAGCACAGCGCUACCUGUAGCUUCACAAGGAGCUAGCAGGGAGGCUUUGGGAAGCAGCAGCAGCAACAAGAGCAGCAACGGCAGCAGCAAGAGAGGUAGCGAAGAUGGUGCAGAUAUUGCGAAGCUGCGUCGCCCUGAGCUGAAUAAUCUAUUCUUAGGUCUCUACCAAGUUGCGAACUUAUUUAUGCAGCUUGUUCUGAUGAGGCUAUCGAGGCCUAUCCCUUUAUUAGUUGUCUUUGCUUCUGUAGGAAGUGGGGUCUUAGGGUUAUGUUUAGCAGCAGCAGUCGCAGUAAUGCCUCAAGCGGACCCUGAUGGGAGCAUACAAAUGUCUGCACAUCUUACAAAAGAAGAUGCUGCUGAUCAGACUCCUUUAAACACUAUUCAGAUUACUUUUCUUGCUGUUGUUCUCGUCAUCAACAUCUUCAUGGGCUGCUGUCAAGGCCUUAUUCAAGGGGUUGGAUAUACACUUGCCUCUCAGAUCAGACCUGGAUAUGUUGCUGCUGUCUCACUCGCAACAGCUUUCUUAUUUGCUAUAUUCUUCUUCUUCCGCUUGAAGACAGCAGAAAUAGCAGCAAAUAUAGCCAGGGUCGCACAUUCACAAAGGAGAGGUGCAUCUGCUUCUGAUAAGAGAUUAGACUAUCCUUUGAAAGCAAGAAGAUCGCAUGCUUGGGGGUUUCAGCUGUGGGGAGGUGCAGCACGGCAGCAGCAGCAGCAGCAGCAGCAGCUUGAGGAGCUUGAGCAGCAGCAGCAGCAGCAGCAAACGCAGCUGGAAUGUGCAACCAGUACAACGGCCGCCGCUGCAGCAGCAGCAGCAGCAGCAGGUGAUAGCAGCAGCAAACUAUGGUUGCGUGUACUACAGCGAAGCUGGAGAGAGCUGCUGCUUGCAUUCUUUCAUUUCAGUUAUACUUAUCAUCUGUAUCCGAGUGUAGGCCCCUUAGGCUGGAGAUACUCCUGGACGUUUCCUAAUCAAAUUGUUGUUUUAUACGGUGUCUGGUUCCUGUGCGAAACAAUAGGAAGAGCGUCACCGGAUUUAGUGUGGGUGAAGGGGUUUAAGUGGUUGAGACCUUCGCGAAAGAUGUAUGCGCCUAUAAGCUUGAGUACUUUAUUAUUUAUUGCACCCUUCUUAUUAGGGUAUAUCGAGCAGCCUAUUACUUUCUUUACAAAUCCUAUCUGGUACUUGUUUGUAAUGGCUUCAUUUGCUUUUGCUCAUGGAUGGAUCGGUACACUUGCAUUCUUUUAUGCAUGCAAUGCUGUACAUACACCUGAAGAAAGAAACUUCGCAGGGCCUCUUACUGUUCUUUCUGUAGGCUUCGGCUGUGUUGUAGGCUUCCUUACAUCCCUUGCUUACUAA